UCUCCCUCUUCCUAGAAUCAUCACUAAAAAAAGUAAAAUACGAUAAUGAAUACUUUCAAAACUCCAUCACUCCUAAUCGUUGCGAUUAGCUUUCUGGUUAUUGCAACCAACGCUCAAAACUCUCAACAAGACUACCUUACUGCUCACAACAAUGCCCGUACGCAAGUUGGAGUAGCGAACCUCGUGUGGGACACAACGGUAGCGACCUACGCAUUGAACUAUGCAAAUACUAGAAAAGCCAACUGCAGCCUUAUUCACUCCAACGGACCAUAUGGAGAGAACCUAGCCAAGGGAAGUGGUAACUUUACAGCCAUAGCGGCCGUGAAACUUUGGGUCGACGAGAAACCUUACUACAGCUACACUACCAAUGCUUGCACAGGUGGACAACAAUGCUUGCAUUACACGCAAGUGGUGUGGAGAGAGUCAGUGAAGAUAGGGUGUGCUAGGGUUCAAUGCACCAACGGUUGGUGGUUCGUCAGUUGUAACUAUGACGCACCCGGUAAUUGGAUCGGAGAGUACCCGUACUGAUCCUGAUCACUUGUAUAACCCUAAAAUAAUAAUUACGCAUAAUGAAUAAAAAUCUAAUUUGAACUACUGCAUAUUAAAAUAUAUAUGUUGUUUAAUUCUCAAGGAUGUAAGUGUAACCAUUUAUGAUUUUCACAUAAAGAGUUUUGCCAUCUUUUACAAUUAAUCAAAUGUUUGUUUUAGUGCGAAAGUAUGUUCUACUCGUAAAAAAUGUU